CGAGCGGGAGGGGAGACGCCGCUGGCGUUGCCGCUGUCGGGUCGCAGAGUCGCGGCGGGACCAUGGAGGAGGCGCUGCCCGCGGGGCUGCUGGAGAUCUGCCUGCUGGUCGGGGUGACCAGGGAGCGGGUGCGGGCGCUGCUGCAGGGUACUCCAAGAAAACCCAAAAGUCUUCCUUCCCUUGAUCCAGAAGUUCUUUCUGUGUUUGUGCCUCCGUUUAUCAGCAGAGAUGACAUUCAUGUGACUAAUACAAGCGCUAAUAACUUGAAUAGAGGUAAACGGCGGUCUUUCCGAAAGAAGAAAGAGAGACCAAAGAUUGAAACUGUCAAGAGCCUAAACGGGGAGCAGAAAGCACCUGAUACUGAAGAUAUUACAGUUCCAAAGGACAUUGAUCUUAUUGGUUUGCCACAGCUGUGCUUCCCAGGAGGACUUUAUAUAGCUUCUGAACCAAAAGAGGACCACAUUCAUUUCCUGGUCUUCACAGAUGUCUGUGGUAACAGAACAUAUGGUGUUGUUGCACAGUACUACCAGCGUAUGCAAGAUGGCUGUACUGCCUCGAAUGGGCAGGCCCACUGGGAAUCUGCACAGACUGGGAAGAUGCCUGCCUGUUUUGUACCAUUCGCUAUUUGUGUUAUAUCGCGAUAUCCAUAUUAUAAUGCCCUCAAGGAUUGUCUCUCUUGCUUGCUCGUGCAACUGCGACCUUUGAUGGAUUUCAGUGUUGAGGAGCACAUUAAAGAAUUUGCUGCAAAAUUAACUUUAAUACCCAGCCCACCACCUGGACCACUCCACUUGGUAUUUAAUAUGAAACCACUUCAAAUAAUAAUUCCUUCACGAGAGGAUCCGGACAGUCCCAUUAUUGACUUGGAUCUUCAUCUUCCGUUGCUGUGUUUCAAGCCAAAGCAGGUGCUUCAGAUUCUGACCUGCAUUUUGACUGAACAGAGAAUAGUGUUCUUCUCGUCUGAUUGGGCUCUGCUGACACUCGUUGCCGAAUGCUUUAUGUUGUACCUUCAUCCUCUUCAGUGGCAACACACUUUUGUGCCUAUUCUGUCUCGUCAAAUGCUGGAUUUUGUAAUGGCCCCAACGUCUUUCCUUAUGGGAUGUCACAUUGAUCAUUUUGAAGAAGUGAGCAUGGAAACUGAAGACUUAAUUCUAAUUAAUAUAGAUAACGGAGAUAUUACACAUUCAAAAAUGGCUGAAGAGGAACCUGAAAUUCCAGAUGUUCUAGCACAAGCAGCAGACACUUUCAUAAAAAGAGUAGAGAGUCUUCAGCUGCAUUUUGAUCUAGAGCUCUGCCAUCUCCCAGCCAGCACGGAUCUUGGUGAACUCCAAAUGCGUAGAAGGGUUUGGCAACAGAAACUGAACACAGAAGUUCAGCAAACAACUUUGCAGUUAAUUGUAAAUAUCUUCAGGGACGUAAAAGACCAUCUAAAUUAUGAGCACAGAGUGUUUAACAGUGAAGAAUUUUUGAAAACAAGGGCAAUCGGAGACCAGCCAUUUUACAGAAAGGUUUUAGAGACCUACAUGUUUCACUCUUUCCUUAAAGCUCGUCUAAACCGAAAGAUGGAUGCUUUUGCUCGACUUGAAUUGAGUACUCAGUCUGAAGAGGAGAGAUUAAACUUGAUGUUUCAUACCCCAAGAAGGCUGACGAUGGAGAAAAUGGCUUCUAAACGAUUCAGUCCACAGCACAUGGUCAGUAGGCGUAUGGUGAUCAGUAUGCCUAAUCUGCAAGAUAUCAAGCUGCCAGAGGGCCCUACUAGAAAUUCCUCACUUCGAAGAAUAGAAACAGGCAUCGCUCUGAAAAUGCCCACCAAACCAGUCAGCAUGUUCAAAAUCCCAGAAAUUCAUUUUCCUCUGAUGUUCCAAUGUGUUCAGUCCUACUAUACAGACUUCUUUAACCACCUCAGCAAAGCUAUAAACACCUUGUCUCCUGAUAACUCUGCGUUGCUGGCAAGGUACUUCUACCUCCGCGGACUUAUUAGCUUGAUGCAAGGGAAACUCCUAAAUGCACUUUCUGACUUUCAGAACUUGGAUAAAACAGACUUAAGAAUUUUCCCUACUGAGCUUGUAAGAAAAAUUGUGGAAACCCUCCCUCCUUCUGAGCGUUCUCAAGCAGAUCGCAAACCUGAGCUCAAGAGGCUGAUAAGUCGAGUGAUGGAAAAACAAAGAGAAGUUAUGAAAAUCGAUGACCAUGUCAAAAAUUUCCAAUUGCCAAAAACACACAUGCAACUGGAUGACUUCGUGAAGCGGAUCCAGGAAUCUGGGAUUGUCAGAGAUACGGACACUAUCCAUCGGUUAUUUGAUGCCCUAACAGUAGGUCAUCAGAAACAAAUCGAUCCUGAAACAUUCAGAGAUUUCUACAACUACUGGAAAGAAACUGAAGCAGAAGCUCAAGAGGUGAAUCUGCCACCAACAGUAAUAGAACAUCUUGAUAAAAAUGAAUGCAUCUACAAGUUAUCGUGCUCAGUUAAAACUAACUAUGGUGUAGGAAAAAUAGCUCUGACCCAAAAGCGCUUGUUUCUUUUGACUGAAGGAGGACGUCCUGGAUAUGUCCAUAUUGCUGCUUUCAGGGACAUAGAGGAUGUGAAGAGCACUACUGUAGCUUUCCUUCUUUUGAGAAUACCUACUCUGAGGAUUAAAAUGUUGUCUAAGAAAGAAGUCUUUGAAGCCAAUCUUAAAAACGAGUGUGAUCUCUGGUACCUCAUAGUGAAAGAAAUGUGGGCUGGAAAAAAAAUGGCAGAUGACCACAAGGAUCCUCAGUAUAUUCAGCAAGCACUGACAAACGUUCUCCUGAUGGAUGCUGUGGUUGGUGCCCUGCAAUCCUCUAAAGCCAUCUAUGCAGCCUCUAAGCUGUCUUAUUUUGACAGAAUGAAAAAUGAAGUGCCUAUGAUAGUCCCCAAAACAACUUCAGAGACAUUAAAGCACAAGAUCAACCCCUCAGCUGGUGAGACGUUUCCACAGGCAAUAGAUGUCUUGCUUUAUACGCCAGGGCAUCUUGACCCUUCAGAAAGACCUGGCAACGCUCAUCCAAAACUAUGGUGUGCUUUAAAUGAGGGGAAAGUGGUGGUCUUUGAUGCAUCUUCCUGGUCUAUUCAACAGCACUGUUUCAAAAUGGGCUGUUCUAAACUGACUUGUAUGAUCAUGGUAGAACAGAGUCAAGUGUGGAUCGGUUCUCAAGACUCCAUUAUUUAUAUAAUCAACACCCACAGUAUGUCUUGUAAUAAGCAACUGAAUGAUCAUCGUUCUGAUGUCACAGACAUCAUUGUGGAGAAGAAGAAUGGAAUACCCAGCGAAGCAUACUCGAGCAGUUCAGAUGGCACAGUGAUUGCUUGGAACAUCAGCACUCUGAAAGUUAACCGUGUCUUUCAGCUGCCUUGCCAAAAUCUCACUUCUAUCAAGCUUCAUAAUGACCAGCUCUGGUGCUGUACUGGAAGUUGCAUACUUGUAGCAUCAACUCAUGAAUUUCAACUGCAGAUGAAAAUUGAGCAUCACCUGAAGGAUGUGUGUUUCUAUUUCCUCUGCUUCCAGCUCUUCCCUGAGAGAGAUGAAGUGUGGGCAUCUUAUUCAGGGAGCAGUGACCUGUAUAUUUGGAACACCAAAGACUUUUCAAGUGCGCCUCAGAAGAUUCAUCUUCAAGAUUGCUCUGAGAUCACUUGUAUGAUAAGAGUUAAAAAUCAGAUGUGGGUUGGUAGCAGUGGAAGAUCUCAAGGCAAAAGCAAAGGGAAGAUCUAUGUGAUCAAUGCUGAGAAGAAGACUGUAGAGAAAGAGUUGGUUGGACACACUGAUACAGUAAAAGCGCUGUGCUCAGCAGAGGACAGAUACGUACUCAGCGGCUCUGGAAAGGAAGAAGGGAAGAUCGCCAUUUGGAAAGCUGGGUAGUUAAGCUAUUCAAGACACAUCUUACCUAUACCAGACGAAAAUGAAAGCCUUGGGUUGUGUUUACUCCAGCAUUUUGCAUAUAUUUCAAACACCUGCCAGUGUUAUUUUAUUGUAUUUAUUAUUUUAGUACCUACUUUGUUGUAGAAAAUCAAACCAGAAGUGAAUCUCUUGUUCACCUCAUCCUGUUCCUGCAUGGUUGAUCAAAAAACAGAAAUGCCGCUAAGAGGGGUCACUGCUUUAAACUUGACAUGUGUUGUGAUGAAGGAUCAUGGUUGUAGGCCAGGUAGUAUGGUGCAUAUUGGUUUGAGAGUGCCGAAGCUGCUCAGUAAUUCAUAGAAUCAUAGAGUUGUUAAGGUUGGAAAAGAGCUCUAAGAUCAUCCAGUCCAACCAUCAACUCAAUGCCACCGUGGGCCCUGAUCCAUGUCCUGCAGCACCACAUCUACAAGAUUUUUGAACAUCUCCAGGGAAGGAGACUCCUCCACUUCCCUGGGCAGCCUGUUCCAAUGCUUCACCACUCUUUCAGUGAAGAAGUUUUUCCUAAUAUCCCGUCUAAACCUCCCCUGGCACAACUUGAGGACAUUUCUUCUCGUCCUAUUGCUUGUUACCUGGGAGAAGAGACCAGCACCCACAUCACUACUACCUCCUUUCAGGGAGUUGUAGAGGACAAUAAGGUUUCUCUCCAGCCUCCUCCUCUCCAAGCUGAACAAUCUCUGUUUCCUCAGACACUCCUUGUAAGAUUUGUUUUCCAGACCCUUCACCAGCCUCGGUGCCAUCCUCUAGACACACUCCAGGACCUCAGUGUCUUUCUUGUCGUGAGGGGUCCACAACUGAGCACAGAAUUCAAGAUGUGGCCUCACCAGUGCUGAAUACAGGGUCACAAUCACUUCCCUGCUCCUGCUGACCACACCAUUUCUGUUACCAAAAUCCUACUGGAGCUGUUUCCAGGCAGUGCAUGCGUUGCCUAAAAAAUGGGACACGAUAUUGCGAUACUCAAUACUCUUUACACCCUGUAAUGGCUGGAAUUCUCUCUUCAGAUGGGCAGUGAAAAGUAAAAACUAGGCAUGUUUCUUGGAGUUACUGUAAAUGCUGAGGAUCUUUCUGACGUAGCAGCUAGAUUUAGCUGGGAAGGCUGUCUGUUAUCCCUGUGGGUGUAUUUAUGGUGCUGUAUUAUUGAAAGUGUAGACACAGGCGCUGCCUGGUAGUGCUGAAAGCUCCCUUCUGCUGCAACAAGAUACUUGGAUGUUCUUAAUGACUGUUCUACUUUGUAAACUUCUUUUUCCUUUAAGAACAAUGCAAAGCACUUGGCAUUUGUGACCACUUGUGAAACUGAUGGGUUUUUUUUUCAUCUGGAGUACUUAAAUUGAUUUCCCUAUCUAGAAUGGUUUGGGUUGGAAGGGACCCUAAAGCCCAUCCAGUUCCAACUCCCCUGCCAUGGACAGGAACAUCUCCCACCAGACCAGGCUGGUUAAGACUCCAUCCAACCUUGCCUUGAACACUUCCAAGGAUAGGGCAUCCAUGACUUCCCUGGGCAACCUGGGCCAGCGUCUCACCACCCUCAUCAUGAAGAAUUUCUUCCUAAUGUCUAGUGUAAAUCUUCCCCCUUCCAUUUUAAAGCCAUUCUGUCUCAUCUCGUCACUCUGUGCCCUUGGAAAAAGUCCCUCUCCAGCUUUCCUGUAGGCCCCCUUCAAGCACUGAAAGAGUGCUUUUAGGUCUCCUUAGAGCCCUCUCAUCCCUAGGCUGAACAACCUCAGUUCUCAGCCUGUCCUGAUCAUCUUCGUAGCCCUCCUCUGCACCCGUUCUAACAGUUCAUCUCCUUCUUAUGUUGAGGAUUCCAGAACUGGACACAGGUGGGGUACUCUGAGAGUGGAGUAGAGGGGGAAAAUCACCUCCCCUGUCCUGCUGGCCAUCCUUCUAUUGAUGCAGCCCAGGAUACAGCUGGCCUGCGAGCACACUGCCAGCUCAUGCUGAGCUUCUCAUCAACUACCACCCCCAAGUCCUCCUUGGGGAUGCUCUCAAUCACAUCAUUCCUCGUCCUAUACUGAAACUGUGGGUUGCCCUGACCCAGGUGUAGGACCUUACAAUGUCUAUAUUUCACUUGCUUUUGGAAGCAACCUUUCAGUCACUGUGCAAACAAACCUCUGCCACUCCUCCCUUCAGUCACCAUUUCCGUGAUGGGAGGAACUGCUGUUAUUUUAUGUAGAACGUGCUUAAUUUUUAAGUCCUGAAAAGUCCUCAAGUUCCUCCUUGAUUACUGACGUAAGCAUCGUUGGAUUGCAUUCUAAGGGAUUGUCUUGAGCAGUGCUCCCUCAUAUACAUUGUUUGUUUGUUGAUGACAAUGAUCUCCAGGUAAAACAAUAACUUUAUGCGGAAUAGUUUUGUGUCAGAGCUGAGCAAAGUGGAAUGCAAUAUUUAAAAUACUGUAAAUAGAAGGAAAGAAGGUGACUCUGCUUUUGUUAAGAAGUAGAAACCAGUGCAGGCCUAAUAGAAGUGGAAACUACUGGGAAUAUAAUCCACUUAUAUUUGUGACUCUUCCAAUACCUUAAUGAGAGAUUUUAUCAUGUGAUCGUA